CGCCAUAUUGGAUCCACGAUAUAUAAAUACCAGCCGGUGAUAGUCUCCGUCAGUUCGUGUUGCCGCGCUCAAACUACGUGUGAUAUCUCGAUUAUCGGUGAAAAUAAAGAUCCCCGAAAAUAUGAAGCUGCUUGCGCUCUCCGUCUGCCUGCUGGCAACCAUCAUGAUCACACGCGCUUCGAACUUAGAGAACCUUGCUACGCACGGCGAGGAACCAAGCAAAGCAUCCACGCUAAAACAGGAAUGUUAUGACGAAACGCAUCUAACGUCAGAGGAAUUAAUUUCACAAGAGGAGAUGAAGAACAACACCUACAAACUAAACCCCGAGAAAGCAAGGAAGAACGGUUGCUUCGCGGCGUGUAUACUGCAGAAGAGAGAGUUAAUUGUUGACGGAGUGAUUCAGAAGGAAAAAUUGUAUGCCAAAGAAGCGCACGCCAAUUUACGUCCCGACGUGCGAGCCGCAAUAUACAGAGCUGUAGAUCGUUGCGUGAAAGAAGUUGAAACAAAUCCGGAUCUGUGUGAUAAAUCUCUGGAACUGCUUGUCUGCUUCUGGAAGAGCUUCCACUAAUCUGGCACGGAUUGCCAACAAUCCGAUUUCCAGAUUCACGGAUUAGAAACUAUUAUUAGAAACGGAAGUUAUUUUGUGUUAAUUAAGUUUUUAUUCAUAUACUUAUUCAAAAUAAACUUGAGCAAAGAAAUUCA